CUAUUCCUUCAGAAUUCGAUGAGUUUUAUUCUGAGUCAGAAGCAAUGAGAAAGAUACUGGAUGCCAGUUAUGCUGAUCUACCUCAGCCUCUGAAGUCUUGCUUCUUGUACUUGACUGCCUUUUCAGGAAAUUAUGGCAUCAAGAAGGAUCGUCUGGUACGAAGAUGGGUAGCUGAAGGGCUUAUCCCUGAAAGGCAUGGAAAUAGUUCAUGGGAAACAGGGGAGGGCUACUUUGAUGAGCUUAUCGGUAGGAGGCUGAUCCAACCGGCCUUUGAUGGCAAUGACGACCAGCCAAUUGGUUGCACUGUUCAUGGUGUUGUCUUUGAUUUCUUGGAAUCCAUGUCAUCCAAAGAAAACUUUAUUACACCAGGUGCAGAGUUGAAGUCUGAACUAUUUCCUUGUGAAAGGGUUCGGCGAGUCAGUCUCGACUGUGGUGAUGAAGAUGAAGGUGACACCUUGAUCACAUAUUGUCUUUUGGAGAAGAAGAGUUUGGUGGCCUCAAGCUGUGACGAAGAAAAAGAUGAUGCAAUUAUUUUAAAAUUAUCUAGGGUGCGAUCCCUUGCAUUUUCUGGGGAUGCUGGAAGGAUCCCUAAUCUUUCUGCCUUGAAACAUUUGAGGGUGCUGGAUCUUGAGGAUACCAAGGGCUUGGCGAAUGAACGAUUGGAAAGCAUUGGGCAUUUGUCUCUGCUGAGGUACUUGGGACUUGGCGGGACUGAUGUGACCAAGCUGCCCCAACAAAUCAUGGCACUUGAGCAAUUGACUACCCUAGAUUUAAGGCGAACAAGUUUGAAAAGAUUACCAGUAUUGUCCAGAAACACAAAACUGAUGUCUCUGCUUGCUGACCAGUUGGCAAUAACACCGACACAAAUGAGCCGAAUGCAAAAUUUGGAGGAACUAUCAAAAGUCCUUAUGGGUCCUGAUGGAUCACUUGCUUCUGAACUAGCACGGCAUGUUAAUAAGUUGGGGUCUCUGAGGAUGCUUGGGAUAAGAAUUAGUCAUCGUCAUAGCGCAAUGGAUCAACAGGGAGUGAAGCAUCUCCUUGAAGAUCUGGGAAAAUCAAACCUGCAGUCCCUUUUGCUUGAUAAUUGCCCUCUUCCUCUGCUCGACUUACUGGUGGAUUAUCCUUUGGCCCAAAACCUGCAAAAAUUUGAGCUAAGAAUGCACGGCUGCCUCCCGCAAGUUCCACAGGAGAUAGGCUCUCUCAUAGCUAUCACUCACCUGCAUAUCAAGGUUGAAGCAGUAGAAGAACAAGCUGUCCGUGCACUGGGGAGCUUGCCUAACUUAGUCGUCCUGAGACUAGAUUUGAAUACCAGUCCAAGCAUGACCGUGAGUCCCAAGGAUGGCUUUCAGUGCCUCAAGGUGUUAUGGUUUAACAGUCAAUAUGGUGGUGUUGGGAAGGGCAUUCAGUUUGAAGCUGGAGCCAUGCCACAGCUCCGAAGGCUUUGGCUAGAACUCAAUGUCCAGGUAGAAAGGUCCAAACAUGAUGCUUUCGAUUUGGGUAUCCAGCAUCUACCUUCUCUCGUACAUGUACAUGCAACCAUUGACUGGAUGAAUACUACUUUAACAUCUUCAGAGGUUGAUGCCGCGGAGGCCAAGAUCAGAGAACAAGUAUCUCAGAACCCCAACAAUCCGGUAUUGGAACUGAAUAGAAGACAGCCACGGUACAUUACGAAAGCAUCGGAGGAGUUGGUGAUCACUGUCAACAGCCUUCAAGAGUGGGGCAAACAGAUCAACCCCAGAAAGCUGGUGGUGGUUCAUUUCUCCGCAGCGUGGUGCAGAGCAUCACGCAAGAUGAGUCCAGUUUUUGCUGAUCUAGCAGAGAAGUACCGAAAUGUCGUUUUCUUGAAGGUCGAUGUAGGUGUGGAGGAAAUGAAGACUGUUGCUACGGAAUUCAGCAUUGAGGGCGUGCCAACCUUCCUGUUCAUGAAGGGGGGCGAUAUUAAGCGCAGGGUUAAAGGCGCCGACAAGGAAAAGUUGGGGGGUAUGGUUGAGGAGCUGGCGGACCUGAUGCUGUAGUGAAGUAGUAGUAGUAUUUUUCUUUUGAGGGAACAUAGUGAAGUAGUUUUUCUUUUUUUGGAGUGACUUGCAUUAUGAAACAAACUGACAAGCGAACAAAACUAAAUGUAUGUCUAUGGGAUGAAUACGUAAUUACCAAUUUAUA